AUGUACCAGCAGUUCAUCCACGAGUACGUGAGAUUGGGACAUAUGCGGGAGAUUGGCCCCGAUGAAAUCGACGCCCAACCGCAAUACUACCUUCCACACCACGCUGUGAUGAAACUCGACAGCACCACUACAAAGCUUCGUACCGUAUUCGAUGCAUCAUGCCGCUCGAAGUCCGGUAUCUCGCUGAACGAUGUAUUACUUCCUGGUCCCACAAUCCAGGACACUCUCGUGACCAUUGUCCUCCGUUUUCGAAUCCACCAGCUCGUGAUAUCUGCGGACAUUGAAAAAAUGUACCGGCAGAUUUUGGUCCAUCCCACCGACCAACCGCUGCAGCGAAUUCUCUGGCGCGACGUUCCCGAGACUCCACUGAAGAGCUACCAGCUCCGCACCAUCACCUACGGCACAAGCAGUGCUCCAUUUUUGGCAACUAGGGUGCUGCAGAAGCUCGCCGAUGAUGAAGGGCAACAUUUUCCGCUGGCGGAACCCGCUGUCCGCCACGACUUCUACGUCGACAAUUUGCUAUCCGGUUCUGACGAUGCUGAAUCUCUCGCCGUUACCUGCAACCAGCUCAUUGCAAUGCUCGCUUGCGCAGGACUUCCUCUCCGACAAUGGUCUUCGAAUUGUCAAGCUAUUCUUGAUACCAUUCCGUUGGAGCUCCGAGAGACGAAAACACUACUCGAUUUGGACCACGAGUCCUCUGUGACUGCACUUGGCCUCCGCUGGGAACCGUCGACCGAUUUUCUUUCGUUCAAGACGCCGAAUUGGAAGGAAUGCACGGUUCUGAACAAACGAACGAUCCUCUCUCAGAUCAGCAGUCUUUUCGACCCCUUAGGUUUGAUUGGACCGACCAUUGCAAAGGCGAAAAUCAUGCUGCAGAGUCUUUGGAAACUCCAUCUCGACUGGUACACACCCGUGGCUAACGGAUUCGCUCACGAAUGGCAGGAAUUUCACCAGAAGCUUUCAGCACUUGCCCACAUUCGAGUUUCUCGCCAUGUGUUACGUCCGGGUUACGACCGCUUGGAGAUUCACGGGUUCAGCGACGCUUUAGAGUCUGAAUGUGGCGCAUGCAUCAUCAUCCUGCCAAGGGCCCUUGUACAACUUCUGAAACAAGUUCAGGACAGCAUCGACAUUGCCGCCACCAUAUAUCUGUGGACCGAUUCUUCCAUCGUCUUGAACUGGAUAUCCGCAACUCCAUCGACAUGGAAGACGUUCGUAGCCAACCGAGUGGCUGAAAUCCAAGAGCUGACGUCUCACGCCGUUUGGAAUCACGUCCCAUCCGAAGACAAUCCCGCCGAUUUCGUUUCUCGAGGAAUGGACCUCGAUGAACUCCUCGCACCAAUAUUCGCUCCUUGGCCAGCGAAGUACGUCGUCGUAGCGACCUCAAACUCAGACCAACCGGAGGUCCGACAGACUAUUGCCCUUCCGGUCGUGAGCGUAGAACCGUCAGAUAUCGUCGAUCGCUAUUUCAAUCUUCGUCAGCUACUUCGGAUCGGCACACUUAUUCGGCGUUUCGCCGCUAACUGCCUUCACCGGAAGAAUCACCAACCAAUUCUUGUCGGCCCGUUGACGGCUCUUGACAUUGAUCGCACUCUGCUCAAUCUUGUCCGUCGCAUACAACAGCAGCAUUUUGCCAACGAGAUACGCCAACUUGAAAUCGUCGGAAAAGUUAACCGUAAAUCCAAGCUACGGUAUCUGCACCCGACACUCGUAGACGGCAUUAUUCGUGUCGGCGGUCGGCUUCAUAAUGCUGCAAUACCUGUCGAUGGAAGACACCCGAUCGUCCUCCCGAAACAUCGUCUCACCGACAUGAUCGCCACGAGAGAACACCAUAAGACGCUCCAUGCCGGUCCUAUUUUACUGCUAUCAUCGUUGCGCCAAGGAUUCUGGCCUCUCGGCGGACGGAACUUGGUUCGCAACAUUGUUCACGGCUGCAUGGUAUGCGCACGUGCCAAACCCAAGCCGUUGCAGCAGCUGAUGGGGGAUCUGCCAUCUGUUCCGGUCAACCAGGCGUACCCGUUUCAGAAAGUUGGCGUUGACUUGGCUGGGCCAAUGUACGUGAGAACGUCACUCCGAAAUAAGAGAUCGCCAUUCUUCAAAGCCUACAUCACCGUAUACGUAUGUAUGGCUACCAAAGCCGUGCACUUGGACCUUGUGUCGGAUCUGACCACUGGCACAUUCAUUGCGAGCCUGCGAAGAUUCGUCGGCCGUAGAGGAAAGCCUGCGCAUAUCUACUGCGAUAACGCCACGAACUUUGUUGGAGCACAGCGAGAACUGGAAGAACUGCGGAAGCUUUUCCGAACUCAAGUUCACCAAGAUGCCGUGCGCAGACAACGGAAUACAGUUCCACUUCAUCCCACCUCGCUCUCCCACAUUCGGUGGAAUCUGGGAAGCCUGCGUGAAAUCCUGAAAUCCGUGAAGACCCUGCUUCGCAAAAUCCUCGGAAAUGCCCACCUAACCGAAUCCGAGCUGCAAACCGCAUUGAUUCAGGUCGAGUCAAUGCUAAACUCUCGCCCAAUCACGCCGUUCCCGGACAAUCCAUCCGAUGAGCUUGCUCUGACUCCAAGACAUUUCCUGAUUGAUCGUCCGUUGAAUGCGGUACCUGAUCCAGAUUGUCGUGAGGUUCCUGAAUCCAGGUUGUCUCGAUGGGAACGAGUACAACAGCUAACUCAGCACUUCUGGAGUCGUUGGCACAAGGAGUAUCUCGCCACCCUGCAAAAUCGCUACCGCUGGACAGAAGCCAUGGACAAUCUAGCCGUUGGUUCCAUCGUCGCUCUCAAAGAUGAGAGAGUACCGCCGUUGAAAUGGCCCCUGGGACGCGUGCUCAGCGUUCAUCCCGGCCCUGACGGCCUUGUCCGUGUCGCCACCGUGAAGUCGACCUUCGGCAUCGUUCAACGCGCCAUCCCGAAGCUCUGCUUACUUCCAGUUGAAGUUGCGCCACCCAUCGUAGCACAGAGUCCCGCACCAACUAGCAACCCCACGUCAACAACGCCAAAUGAAGGCCCUUUCUCAGGGAACCGAGCCGCCGGACAAGAUCCCAGCCCUUGCUCAGGGAACAGAGCCGCCGGACGAGAUCCCGGCCCUUGCUCAGGGUACAGAGCCGCCGGACGAGCUCCCGGCCCCUACUCGGGGAAAUGA